UAUUAUGUGCUAAAGGUGUCCCAUCUUCCCCCGUUGUACUAUAUAUAUUAUAGUUGGAGUUUUUUUUAGGGACGCAACCGUCACUGCUGCACUGAAAUGUAAAUAUAUGUUACUUGUUUGUGCAUAUUUUUCCACAUUAUAAUGAGUAUCUGUUCAAUUUCGGUGUUUUUGAGCGCCCGACCGAACUGUGACCCGCCGAGUUGUCCAGUUUCCCAUUAAAAAAAAGGUGUGAAACGCAUAACAUAAAAACCGUACAAAGCUGAGAGCUUAUAUAAGCAGAACUGCAGCAGAAUAUCUGCUGUCAUUUGGGUUGUGAUUCUGGAAGAUGUUACAAUUAUUAAAUAUUCCCUUUACUAGCAGGGCAUGAUGUAUUUAGUUCGACUUUCCUCUAGGACAGCUAGUUAUAUCCAUUUUUUUGUAUAAGUACAGUUUACGUCAUGUAUUAGCGCCCUGAUUUUGUGUGUUUUUAACGAUCCUAUUUUAUCGCACUCAAACUUCAGUGUUAGAUAAUAGGAACUAAAAGCGUUUUAUAGUCACUGAAAACUAACAAGUUUAAAGCACAACCUAGAUAAAUUAUCGUGUUAGUGCCUCGCACAAGUUUUCCAGCACACUAGUGUUUUCAUUCUUCGUUUACUACGAUUGAAGACCAUGAAGCAUAUUUGGAUUCCAUUUCUUGUACAAGUUUUGUACGUAGCCGAUUCGAAUCAACUAAUGACAAGUAAAGGAAGUUUUGAACUCUCUUUAGUUUCCACUAAAGUUAAGUCAAAUAUAAAUGUCGGCUACAUGAUGUGCUUGCCGAAGGCCCCUGAUUAUGUUUACGCAACAGCAAGACCAAGCAACCCAUCUUUGCCCCACAAGUUCAACCUGACCAUUCUUGAAAUAAAGAGAGGAUACUUUGUGGUUGAAUUAGAGCGAGUCGACCAAGUUUCAGAAUGGGAUACGAUGAUAGCUGUUGAUUGGUUCAUGUAUAUAGGCAAAGCAACUGUUUAUCAAAAUGUAAUCAUUUGGUUUCCUGAUGCUUCAGUUGGAAGGGAUUUAAAUUUCACGGAAGCAACGGAUUAUUGCACUGCUAAUGGCGGUAGAUUGGUGGAUAUUGCGGAUAAGGCGAUGUACGACGUAAUAUAUAAUUACUGCCAACAAAACAUCGUAUUUGGAAAUCGGUUGCACGUCUACACUUGGCUCGGAUCAAGCUACAAUUCAACGGCAAAAACUGUCACACAGAGCAACGGAAAACCGGGAUAUUAUGGAGAUUGGCGACCGACCGCAUACCCCAUAAAGGACCCCAUUCGAAGUAGAUUGUUGAUUCGAAUUAUUCCAUUGGAGUCAAAAAAAAACUAUUACGGAAUGUUCAAUAUUUCCCCAGCACGUGCACUGUUUGCUGUACAACUUUGUUCAAUUAACCCGAAGUAAAAAACUGCACGAAGUUAAGUGUGGAACAACCAAGUAUUUAAAACAAAUUUCAAUCUAAAUAUUCUAAGAACAUAUUAGGG